CAAUGACAAGCACUUUAAAAAUGGCGGUGGAUAUUUAAAAAAAAUUAAAAAACGUAAAAACAAUUUUCAUUGGUUGUUUGAUAUAUUUCCUUGAAUUUAAACGAAAAGGAGGGAAAUAAUUGAAAAUAAUUAGCGGGAAUAACCUUGAUGGUAAUUCAACUGAUUUGUGCUGACAUCCUCUGGUCGAGUCGUGAAACGGGAACGAAAAUGACUUUGUCGACUGAAAAAAUGCGGGAAAUGGAAGGAUUUAUACCGAACCAGACGUAGAAAUUUCAAACGUGCGUCCAAAAAAAGAAGGACGAAUAAGGAAUAAGAAUAAGGACUGAAUAAGGACAAGAAUUCGAUAAUUGACAAUAAAUGGCAAACAAACGAGUUAAAAUAAGAAAAUGACAAUUAUCCUCUGAAAUAUGUGGAAAACAACUAUUUUCCAGUCCUGGAAUUUUUUCUUCGAUGUUUAGGGCUCAAUACCAUUUCAAUUAUUAUUUUGUCUUCUCCUGAAAUUUUGUACCAAAGAAGCCAUUUGGGAAGAAGAAUUAUUAUUUUCUAGAAGAAGUCAAGAUUGAAGAGAUAGAAGAGCGUAUUUCAGAAUGAAAAGCAUUUACAUUUUGGACAUUCACGAUGCCCAAACACCUUGUUCAAUGUCAAGAUGAGUGCAAUCCAAAACGGUUCCUGGAACAAAAAUUCCGACUGAGUCAUUCUCUCGUGUAUGAGUCGAUAAACCUGGAAGUGCAGAUCCGCCUCCAUAUUUUUUUUUAUUGGUUCUCGAAGGAAAUAUAUUCGGAACUUGAUAUACACCACAAGUGUUGGAGAAAUCCCCAUUGAUAUCGAAUGCAUCUGUAAAUGGAUUGUACAACUGCACAGUAUUCUCGUUUACUUGAUCAAUUGCCCACGAUAUCAAAGUGCCUGCUAGGUUGGAGGUGUCAGUUGAUGGUUUAGAUCGACCUUGAGUCCUAACUGAAAGGACAAUGGUCCUCUUGAGCAAUAUAUCUGUGCCGCAGACACAGAAUCUAGGCCUGCUUGUUUGUAUGGUGACGUCGUCGUCCGGGGCGAUUAUGAAGCGGUGGCGGUGGUGACGGCGACGGCAAACGAUUGCGGCGCUGCUGCACGUUUGCAAGGAAUGAAACAAAUAGGCCGGCGACUUUCACCGCCGCGGUUGCUCAGCUUCACUUCGCACCGCGCCGCACUUGGCCCAACAACUUUGUGGAGCUCAACUCUCUGAGAUAGUAAUGCCUCUCUUUUCAGGUGGGGGAUCUUGCUCGCCAGACACGAGACAUACCUGAGAAGCGGACGUGUGAAUUCUUUUUCCUGAAGUUGACCCGCGCACACGUGAUUAAUCUCUCCUCUUGUGCGGAGACUUUUUCCGUAUAUAAUCGGCCAGUUGUGUUUCAACUAUAAUCGUUCAUUUUUUUUUUUCUGGGGAAAAUAAAUAGGAAACAAAAGCUAUGGGUUUUGGUACAUGAUGACUAGAUGAUGAUGAUGUUAAAGAUGAUGAUGAAGAAGAUCGAAAUCCCGGCGAAGAGAAGCUAAUGUGCAAUGUUCGGGAACCUGCGGGUGCGAAAUUGUGACAAUGGUACACCGGACGUCUCGUUUCACCUUUCUGUUUCGUGUGUUGUGUGCUCUGUGGAUAUCCUUCGCCGUCGGUGUUGGAGCCCUGCACACCUUCACAGACAAGCAGAGGUACGACGGGUGGUAUAAUAAUUUGGCACAUCCCGAUUGGGGUUCGUCUGAUAGCAGGCUGAUACGAAAAGUGCCGGCUUCAUAUACAGAUGGAGUUUACAUGAUGGCAGGCCAAGAUCGGCCUUCGCCUCGGAAACUCAGCGAUCUCUUUAUGCAGGGCGACGAUGGACUUCCGUCUGUUAAAAACAGAACGGCGCUCUUUGCUUUUUUCGGGCAACUGGUCACAUCAGAGAUAAUCAUGGCCAGCGAAAGCGGCUGUCCAAUAGAAUUCCAUCGGAUCGAUGUCGAAAAGUGCGAUCCAGUUUUCGACAAAGAUUGCCAAGGCAACAAAUACAUUCCUUUUCUCCGCGCUGAUUAUGAUCGUCGCACUGGUCACAGCCCCAAUAAUCCCCGUGAACAGAUAAACAAAGUGACGAGUUGGAUUGAUGGCAGUUUCAUAUAUUCGAGCAGUGAAGCCUGGGCCAAUACAAUGAGGUCCUUCAGUAACGGAAGUCUUCUUAUGGAAAAAAGAAGACAAUUUCCCGUUCGAAAUACGAUGAGAGCACCGCUUUUCAAUCACCCAUCGCCAAAUGUUGUUCGCAUUGAAAGUCCCGAACGAUUGUAUCUACUUGGUGAUCCAAGAUCAAAUCAACAUCCUCCGUUGCUCGCUUUUGGAAUUAUUUUCUACCGUUGGCACAAUGUUAUUGCGGCAAGAAUUCAGAAUCAACAGCCAAACUUAUCAGAUGAAGAAAUUUUUCAAAAGACACGUAGAAUUGUCGUUGGAACUCUUCAGAAUAUAAUCAUGUACGAGUAUCUGCCAAUUCUUUUGGGGGAAAAAUUACCACCGUACAUGGGAUAUAAACCAGAUUUGCAUCCAGGGAUAAGUCAUAUAUUUCAGAGUGCUGCUUUUAGAUUUGGUCACACCUUAAUUCCACCUGGAAUUUAUCGUCGGGAUGCAAAGUGCAAUUACAAAGUGACUCAAACUGGACGACCUGCUGUGAGACUGUGUGGUACUUGGUGGGAUUCAACUGAAUUUUAUGUAAAUAAUACAAUAGAAGAACUUAUAAUGGGAAUGUCUUCGCAAUUGGCCGAAAAGGAGGACAAUAUUCUCAGUAACGAUAUUCGAAAUAAUCUCUUUGGUCCAAUGGAAUUUUCAAGAAGAGACUUGGGUGCAUUGAAUAUAAUGAGAGGUCGCGAUAAUGGACUUCCGGAUUAUAAUACUGCAAGAACAUUCUAUAAAUUGCCAUCGAGAAAAACUUGGAACGAAAUAAAUCCCGAGCUUUUCAAUAAAAAUCCCGGAUUAUUGAGAAUAUUGAUGGAGAAUCACGCGAAUAAUUUAAAUAAUAUUGAUAUUUAUGUGGGAGGAAUGCUUGAGUCAAGAAAUGGACCAGGAGAAUUAUUUGCCGCCGUUAUUAAGGAUCAAUUUUUACGAUUGCGUGACGCCGAUCGUUUUUGGUUCGAAAAUGAGGACAAUGGAAUUUUCACUAAAAGUGAAAUUGAGGACAUUCGCCGCGUGAGUUUGUGGGACGUGAUUACGAACACGACGAGCAUUAUUCCGGAUGCAAUACAACGAAACGUAUUCAUUUGGACUCAAAGGGAUCCAUGUCCACAGCCCUUUCAAUUGAAGGCCUCGAUGCUCGAUGCCUGUGUGCCAUUUAAACGUUACGACUACUUUGAGGGAAGCGAAAUAGUUUACAUCAAUUCCUGUAUUGUAUUGACAUUGGUACCAAUAGUGGUAAUUGCGGUAGCCUAUGGUCUAGUCAAAUUGCAAAAUAAGCGGCGGCGAAAAUUGAAAAUUCUUCAAGAAGUGAUGCGCAAGCAUAAGGAUGGAGGACGUCUUUACGUGGCGAAAAUGAUUGUACGAGAAUGGAUUCACGCGAAUCACAGUCGUUUAGUGAAAGUGAAAUUUGGACCGGAAGCUGCGCUACAUAUAGUUGACAGAAAAGGAGAGAAUCUCAGGACCUUGGACUUUACCAAUGUCAACACAAUCAACAUUGAGGAAUCUCAGGAAAGCGAAAGCGGUCAUCGCAAGGCGCUGAUUCUGUUGCGAAUACCUCGUGAUUACGACCUCGUCCUUGAACUGGAUUCCCUGAGCUCGCGUAGAAAGUUCAUUGCGAAAUUGGAGACAUUCCUAUCUUCGUACAAGAAGCACUUCACGUUGACACAGACCAAUCGAGAUAUUAUGCUAGCCAAAGCGGAAACGAGGGAGCGUCGUGAAAAGAAGCUCGAACAGUUUUUCCGCGAGGCGUACGCUCUCACGUUUGGUCUUCGACCUGGAGAAAGACGUCGAAGAUCUGAGGACAACGACAGCGGAGAAAUCGUCACAGUCAUGAGAACUUCUCUUUCAAAAAGUGAAUUUGCAAGCGCUCUUGGCAUGAAACCCGAUGCUAUUUUUGUCAAAAAAAUGUUCAGCAUCGUCGACAAAGACAAAGAUGGUCGAAUUUCUUUUCAGGAAUUCUUAGACACGGUUUUGCUUUUCUCGAGAGGUAAAACUGAUGACAAGUUGCGAAUUAUUUUCGACAUGUGCGACAAAGACAGUAACGGAGUCGUCGAUAAGGAGGAAUUCUCUGAAAUGCUGAGGUCUUUGGUGGAAAUCGCAUGCACCACAAGUUUAUCCGACGACAACGUCACUAAAUUAAUCAAUGGAAUGUUCCAAGAUGCAGGUUUGGAGAGAAAGGACUACUUGACCUACAACGACUUUAAAUUAAUAAUGAAAGAAUACAAAGGCGAUUUUGUUGCAAUCGGACUGGAUUGUAAAGGGGCAAAGCAAAAUUUUCUCGAUACGUCGACAAAUGUUGCGCGAAUGACGAGUUUUCAAAUGGAUCAUUUUCCACUCGAGGCAACAAAAUCGUGGCUCCGUAAACAUUGGGAUGGAAUUUCGACAUUUCUCGAGGAAAAUCGACAAAAUAUUUUCUAUCUCUUUAUAUUUUACGUCGUGACGAUUGCACUUUUCGUCGAAAGAUUUAUACAUUAUUCAUUCAUGACCGAGCACAUGGACCUGAGGCACAUAAUGGGAGUUGGAAUCGCAAUAACGAGAGGAUCGGCGGCCGCAUUAUCUUUUUGUUAUAGUCUUCUCCUGUUGACUGUGUCGAGGAAUCUUAUAACGAAACUAAAGGAAUUCUCGAUACAACAAUAUAUUCCAUUGGAUUCGCAUAUUCAAUUUCAUAAAAUUGCCGCGUGCACGGCACUUUUUUUCUCAGUUCUACACACCGUUGGACAUAUCGUGAAUUUUUAUCACGUCUCAACGCAGCCGAUAGCCAAUUUGCAAUGUCUAACGAGUGAAAUUAAUUUCGCCAGCGACGCGCGGCCUACAAUCACGUACUGGCUCUUUCAAACAGUAACAGGUCUUACGGGAAUUUUAUUAUUUGUCAUCAUGAUAAUUAUUUUUGUAUUUGCACAUCCGAAAAUUCGGCAGAAGGCUUACAAAUUUUUCUGGAUGACUCAUAGUCUUUACAUUGUACUUUACGCCUUGUGCAUAAUUCACGGACUCGCGAGAUUGACAGGCGAGCCGAGAUUUUGGAUUUUCUUCAUUGGACCAGCGAUUAUUUAUGUUCUCGACAAGGUGGUGAGUUUGAGAACAAAAUGUAUGGCAUUGGACAUAAUUGAGACGGAUCUUUUACCAUCGGACGUGUUAAAAAUAAAAUUCUACCGACCACCGAACUUGAAAUAUUUGUCAGGACAAUGGGUGAGAUUGGCGUGCACGUCAAUUAAAUCGAAUGAAUUUCAUUCAAUUACCUUGACCUCAGCGCCACAUGAGAAUUUCCUCUCGUGUCAUAUUAAGGCCCAAGGACCGUGGACGUGGAAGCUGCGCAAUUAUUUUGAUCCCUGCAAUUAUAAUCCAGAGGCGGAACGACCGAAAAUUCGCAUUGAGGGCCCAUUUGGUGGAGGAAAUCAGGAUUGGUACAAAUUCGAAGUUGCCGUGAUGGUCGGUGGCGGAAUUGGGGUCACUCCCUAUGCAUCGAUGCUCAAUGAUCUUGUCUUUGGAACUUCCACUAAUCGAUAUUCGGGCGUCGCUUGCAAAAAGGUCUACUUUUUGUGGAUUUGUCCAUCACACAAGCACUUUGAGUGGUUCAUAGACGUUCUGAGAGACGUGGAACGUAAAGACGUGACGGACGUUCUUGAAGUUCACAUAUUUAUUACUCAAUUCUUUCAUAAGUUCGAUUUAAGAACUACUAUGUUGUACAUUUGCGAGAAUCAUUUCCAGAGGCUGUCUAAGAAGAGCAUAUUCACUGGACUCAGAGCGAUUAAUCACUUUGGUCGGCCUGACAUGACGUCCUUCUUGAAAUUUGUGCAAAAGAAACAUAGUUACGUUAGUAAAAUUGGAGUCUUUAGCUGUGGACCCCGACCAUUAACAAAAAGUGUGAUGUCAGCCUGUGAUGAAGUAAAUAAAGGACGAAAAUUACCUUAUUUUAUUCAUCACUUCGAGAACUUUGGCUGAGAUCCACAUGGACAUUAAAAAAAAAUAUUAGUUUAUUUUUAAAGUGUAUUUUAUUAUUACUAUUACUAUUACUAUUAUUAUAAUUAUA